AUGAAGAGCCUUGCGGCACGGCUCGAUGGUUCUCUUGAUGAGAUCUCCAACAAUUUGUUCAAACUUAGAUCUGGUGAGCUUCAAGUUGAGAUGUUUUGGGCCAGAUUGAUCCAUGGUGAUGUAUGGAAGGUUGAUGUCCGUUUGAGUGGUGGAGGAGAGCUCGCACUUAGCCUUUUCGGCAGCUUCACGGAGUCUCUGCAUAGCUUGUGGGUCCUUGGUAAGAUCAACACCUUGCUCCUUCUUGAACUCUCCAACAAGGUGAUGCACAAGGGCGUGGUCAAAGUCUUCUCCUCCGAGGAAGGUGUCUCCGUUGGUGGAUUUUACUUCGAAAACUCCCUUCUGGAUCUCAAGAAUGGAAACAUCGAAGGUUCCACCUCCAAGAUCGUAGACAGCGAUACUGAAAACCGGUGGGGUAUUAACAUUUUUUAUAUCUUUUUGUGGCUUACAUCUUGUCUCCAGCAUCUUUAUCCAAUCCAUAGGCAAGUGCAGCAGCAGUUGGCUCAUUAA